GGGGGACACAGGUUGGAUUUUUCGCUACACGGGACAAACAGACAGGCUUUAUGGUUGUGAUAAUUCCUAUCACAUAACUGAGAGUACUCUGGAAGAGAAGAGGACUUCACUCUGCACGGUGAUUUAUUUUGACUGAAAUCAGAAUGGAGGCCAAUGGCACAGCUGGGAAACACGGUUUGGAGGGAGAUACAGAUCUCCAGUUCCUGCUGGUCGGUGGGGAGCUCGUCAAGAUUCGCUCCAGCUCCUGGAAGAAGAACCGCUUCUUCAAACUGCAAGAAGAUUGCAGGACCCUGUGGCAUGAGUCCCAUAAAAUGUUCAAGAAAAAUCAGACCUUCUCCGUUGAUGACAUUGAUUCACUGCGCAUGGGUCGUCAGUCUGAAGGGCUUAAUAAACACACCGACCCCAGUGUUGAAGAGCGGUGCUUCUCCAUCAUCUUCAAGGGCCGCAAGAAAAAUCUUGACCUGAUGGCAACAAGUGGUGAUGAGGCGAAACAGUGGGUCAGCAGCCUGAACAAGAUCAUCAACAACUUGCAAAAACUCAGCCGCCAGCAGAAGAGUGAGCACUGGAUCAUCAACUGCAUGCGAAAAGCAGACAAGAAUGAAGACAACAAGAUGACCCUGAAGGAGCUGAAGCACUUCCUGCGACAGAUCAACAUCGAAGUGGAUGACACUUACGCAGAGGAAAUUUUCAAGACAUGUGACGAGUCCAAUUCAGGAUCCCUGGAAGGCUCAGAGAUCAAGCACUUCUACGACCUACUAACGGAGCGGGAAGAGAUAGAUGUGAUUUAUGGGAAGUAUGCUCAAACAGAAGGUCAGAUGAGCGCCAGAGAUCUGCUGAACUUCCUGCUAAAUGAGCAGAGGGAGCAGGUGUCAAUGGAGGAUUCUCUCAAGCUGAUCGAGAAAUACGAGGUGGAUGGAACAGCGAAGCAGAAGAAACACAUGACAAAAGAUGGCUUCCUGAUGUACCUGCAGCAAGAGGAGGGAUCCAUCCUCAACCCAGCCCACAAACAUGUGUACCAGGACAUGAGCCAGCCCCUCAAUCAUUAUUACAUCUCCUCCUCACACAACACAUACCUAAUGGAAGACCAACUCAAAGGGCCCAGCAGCACGGAGGCCUACAUAAAAGCGCUUAUGAAGAGCUGUCGCUGUGUGGAGCUGGACUGUUGGGACGGGGCUAACGGAGAGCCUGUUAUUUAUCACGGCUACACGCUCACAUCCAAAGUGCUCUUCAGAGAUGUCAUCAAAGCGAUCAAAGACUACGCCUUCAAAACGUCUGACUACCCAGUGAUCCUGUCCCUGGAGAACCACUGCACCGUGGAACAACAGAAGCUCAUGGCCCAUCACUUGAUCUCCAUCCUGGGUGAUGCUUUGGUCACAAAGCCUCUGGGCUACACCAUGCCCACCAACUUCCCCUCACCUGAGGAGCUAAAGGGCAAGUUCCUCAUCAAGGGAAAACGAUUGAACAAACUGGAUGCUGCCUUCACCAAUAACGGCACCAUAGAGGAAGACACUGUGUCUGAGGAGGAUGAGGCCGCAGAUUAUAAGGAGAAUGGACAAAAAACCAAACCAAAGAAAUCAAAGAUCAAACUUGCCAAGGAGCUCUCGGACAUUGUCAUCUACUGUAAGAGUGUCCAUUUUAAUGGCUUUGAACAUGCCAAAGACAACCAGGCCUUCUAUGAGAUGUCGUCCUUUAAGGAAAGUAAAGCUUUCAACCUGGCUGAGACCUCAGCUACUGCCUUCAUGCAUCACAACAUGGACAAACUCAGUCGGAUCUACCCAGCAGGAUCCAGAACUGACUCCUCUAACUACAACCCUGUGCCCAUGUGGAACAUUGGCUGCCAGAUAGUGGCAUUGAACUUCCAGACUUCCUCCAAAGAGAUGUACCUAAACCAGGGACGGUUUCUGCCAAAUGGUUUUUGUGGCUACGUCCUGAAACCUGAAUUUCAGAGAAGUUUGUCUUCUCAGUUUGAUCCCAACACACUAACCAAAGGGCCCUGGCUAAAGAGGAAGACCUUUCAUGUCAUGGUCAUCUCAGGUCAGCAGUUACCGAAAAUCAACAAGGACAAACACAGAUCCAUUGUGGACCCUCUGGUAAGAGUGGAAAUCUACGGUGUCCCAGCAGACAAUGCUAGCAGGGAGACACACCACAUUGAAAACAAUGGGUUCAACCCCAUGUGGAAUGAGAGCUUCCAGUUUGACAUCCACGUCCCAGAGCUGGCCAUGGUGCAGUUUGUGGUGGAGGACUAUGACUCAACAUCCCAGAAUGAUCUCGUCGGGCAGUACUGUCAACCGCUCACCAGUGUACAGAACGGCUAUCGUCACGUCCCGCUGCUCACCAAGAGAGGUGACGUCAUUUGCUCCGCUGGGCUGUUUGUGCAUCUCAUGCUCAUGGACGCCCAGUAGACUCAUAUGUGGAAAAGCUUAAUGCAAGAAACAGCAUUUUUUGGAAACCCUAAAGGAAUUUUUCCAGUUUUAAAGCUAAGUAAUAUAACUCUGACCAAAUACUUUAAAAGUGUUACCAAGGAGAAGACAUUUUGUCAUCUUGCAAGCACAAGCUGGUGACUCACAGUUGUCUGUAACACUUUCCAGUCAUUGUAUAACUAUAGCAUUUUAAAUAGUGGUUACGAGGUCCUGUAUGGCAAAAAAAAAAAACAAGAAUGAAUGAAAAUGUGAAUGAAAGAGCAGUGAAAAACUAGUCAAAGAAAUUAUUUUAAAAAGUCAAUAAACUGUUUUUGCCAUGUCAGGAAGAGUAAAGUGUCAACUUCUGAGCAGUAUUUUAAUUUUGUACAGAUUUCCUGAGACUUUAUAUUUCCCUUUAGAAUCAUACAGGCCUUAACUUAUGGAAAUAUUGUAUUUGUCAAGUAACACAACAAGCAAUCAACUGUUUCAGCGUAUUAAGCCUCUUUUGAGUAGGACAACUCUUUAUUUAGAUUCUCUCAAUUUUAAUGCCAUAAUGAUAUUAGUCACUGGAGUUAUAGUAAAAGUACGAAUGGUAUGAUAUCAUAAGGAAAAUGUUCUUGCCUACUGAAAGAGCCAUGUUUGUCUUUGUGCAUGUAUUCAGGUGUCUAAUCAUUUUGUACUGUCAGUGUGAUUAAUAUUUCUUUCAAAAAGGCUAAAAAUUGUUGAUUGUUCUGUUUAUUGUUGAUAUGAAGAACAUAUUUACUGUAUAUUAUAUGAAUCUGCUCUAGACAUAUUGAACCUUAAUUCACUUUAGCAAAUAUUUUGUGUCAAGCAAAUCCUAAAAUUUUAAAUCAUAUUUUAUUUUUUACUCUCUGAUGUACAAAACCGGUUUUUCUGUGCCAAACUUAUGACUGUCAGUGCCUUCGGUAUCUCAUGUCACAUAUCGGCAUUUGCACUAGCUCUCAAAUAAAACUCUGAUAGUCUCUGAUAGAAGGUUUUGUG